AUGCUUUGGCACCACAGCUACGGUUGGCUGGCCAAGGCGGAACUGACCCUCGGUCUCGGCCUGGCCCUGGCCGAAAUCAUGGGCUUAAAGGACAAUGCGCAAACGAUCGAGCAGCUGGUCGAAAUGACCGUCAACGUGCAAACCACCCGCACCUGCAUGACUGCGGCGGAACUGGACCCCGAAACGUCGGUCAGCGGGUAUCCGUUGCCAAACCAGAUCCACGUGGCCGCCGCCGGCGUCAACACCCUCAAAGUCCGCCAACGCAUGGGCGAAAUCCUGCGCGGCCUGCCGGGUUCGUCGCUGAUCAACGCGCCGGCGGACACCGACUUCGCGGACCCUGCGAUGGCCGCCGAGCUGGAAGACGCCUUCGGCGGUGGCGGUUACACCGCGAUGCAACGGGCGGCGUUGCUGCAGCUGGCCUGGGACCAGGUGUCGUCGGGAUUGGACGGACGGGAAGCGGCCUUCGAACUCCAUGCCAGUGGCGGGCUGGAGUCAUGGCGCCGGCAGUUGGCGGCCUGGUUUGAUGGCUACAACGAACUUGCCAAUGGCGUCCACGGACUCCUCCAGGUGGACCUGCCAGCCAUGGACCUGUCCAGCCUUCAAGGGGUGCCGGCCGUGCCCAGGCGAAUGCCCCAGGUGAACGCUGAGGCAGCAAAUCCCUAA